AUGAACAUUAGAAUUGCUAGAGCCCCAUAAUCUGUUAAAGUUUAAUCAUAUCCUAUAACAUUAUUGGAUGGUACAAGUUCGAUGAAUUUUGAGUAUAAUGAAAUUUUGAAGGCACACAAAAAGAAUUUUGAUGAUCUAGGAAAUAAAUAAUUAAAAAUUCAAUUUACAGAAGAUGUUCAUGAUUUUGAACCUUUUGUUGCUGCUGGAUCAGGUGAUAUUACAAAAGCAUUCAAAUAUAUUUUGAAUAAAUUGUUGACUGAAUAAUUUCCUUAACAUGUAACAAUAAUCUUUAUAAGUGAUGGCGAUGAAAAAUUCAAUUUGCCAGAACUUAAAGAAUUAAUAGAGAAAAUAAAAGAAAAAAAUUUUUUAAUUUAAUUUGUUUCUAUUUCAAUAGGUAAAUGGUUUCCAAAUACUAUUUCGAAUUAAUUAAGAUUAUAACUUCAUAACACAGAUUUUAUUGAACCAAUAUAUCAUCAUAAUAAAAAUCCAGAAAGAACAGAAGAAGAAAUGUUUAAUUUCUUUGAUUCUGCUUUUAAAAAAAUUAGAGAUUAAACUUUAGUAUAAUAAGACUUAUUUCAAACAGAUGCAGAAGUAAAAUUGACUUUAGUUUCUAACCCUUAACAUCAUUUACCUGCUGGAACAUUAUUUGUUUCAGAAGGAGAAGUUAUUGCCAAUGGUUAAGUAAUUCCAGCUACAAAUAGUUUAGUUGAUAAGAAAAAAAUGGUUUCUGAUUCUGCUUAAUAAGCAUUAAUCAUGUUUGCUAGUGAUCCUGAUAAAAUAGUUGAAGAAAAAAUAUUAGAAAAAUUUUAAAUAGUAAAGGAUUUUUCUGAUGAAAUAUUAAAAGAUGUGAAUUAAAAUAAUGAAAUUUAAUAAUUGACAGAACAAGAAUAAAAACUUGAAAUUCAAUUUAAUAAUGCUUUAGUAAUUGUUAAUUAAUUUGCAGAAGGAGAUGUUGAUAUUGAUUAAUGUACUCCAUAAACUUUAACAGGAUUGUAAGCUUAAUUAUCAAAUCCAAAUCCUGAUGCUAUUGAUAGUAUUAAAAUUAUAUCAUAAUAACUAUCUGUAAAGGAUGAUGCUCAAAAUUUAUAGCCUGAAAAUAUUAAUUUAGCCUAAAAGAAAAAAUUAAAGAAUGUAGGAUGCUUUGCAAGGGCUCAAGUUAAAAUGAAAUAGGUUCAAUAAUUAUAAUAAACUUAUGAAUCAGCAUAAAUCACAAUGGCUAAGGAAAUUAUCAUUAAUGGAUUAAAGAAAUACAAAUCUUUAUUUUCACAAAACUAAAAUUAGUAAGAUGUUCGUUAAAUACUUAAUGAAUACUAUAAAUCUACUCUUAUUGAGCUUGAUUCAGUGUUUGAACGAGUAUAAUUAGCAAAAGUUGAUGAAGAAUCAUAUGAUUUAUUAAAGGAGCUCAAUCUAAUGAUGAAGGAAAUUGAUUAAGUUAAAUUAAUUAAGAAAGCCUUGAAUUCUAAAGAUGCUAUUAAAAUUAUUGAUGAUGUAUUAGCUCAUGCAGGUAUUGGCAUAUAAUAAUCUAUGGCUAUCACCGAUCAUAAUGAUGAAUUUGAUUAUCUCCCUGAAUCACUUAAAUCAUAAAUUAGACCAUAAAAUGAUGACAGAGAAAAAGUAGUUGUCAUCAUUUUUGAUAAUAAUGAGUCUAUGAGAAAUGAAAUAGAUUCAGCCAUUGAAAAUUUCAACACUGAAUUCUCUUAAAUUUAAACUAUUAAAUUAAAAUGGUAAAAUGCCCAAUUUUCAUUAUUUGAUAAUCAAUAAUAAUAUGUUAAUUUGGUUGAUAUUUUUAGGGAAUUUGAAGAAAAAAACUAUAAGUUGAACACAAAAAAAAUCUGUAUUUGUUUGGUGACUGAUGGUUAGAAUGAUUAUGUUAAAUUACAUAAGCAACUUAAAGGUCUUAAAGCAAAUAGAUACCUCAUUUAAUUAUCAUAUAUUACUAUAGGCUCCUCUUUUCACUUUCAAAUUACCAAUGAAUUAGAUAAAAUGAUGUAGAACAGAAAUCUCAAAGGUAGACCUCUUGUAUUAAAUGUCCCAAGAUAAAAGGCUGUUGGAAAUCUUAAAGGUCAAAUUUCUUAAUUAAUGAAUUCUACAACAGCUCUCAACAUAAAUUCUCAUUUUGCAAAGAGAUUCUAAGAUUUGAAAAACAACCUAUUCGCUUAAGUCUAAGUAGAUAAAAAUUAAUGGAAUAAUAAAUCGUAGAUAUAUUGA